UACACACUCACACUAGUCUCAACUCUCAAGCACACAUAAGAAGAAACAAAGCGUGCCUCUCUCUCUCUUCAGAAACUCCAACGGACCAACACUAUCAUUUUCUUCUUACUCUAUAAAGAAAAUCAAUACUCACUCAUGGAUCCUUGGGAUACUACUAACUCCCUAGACCACCACCAGUACCGUCGCCGAGAUCACCGUCAUCCUUCUUUCUCCUCCACUCUCCUCGACCAAAUCUACAACUCCAUCGACUCCUCCUCCGACGUCUCCAUGAGGAAGAAGCAAAACCGCGUUUGCGCGGAGAAAAUCCUCGUUAAUCACCGCGCAGUCUUCAAAGAUUCCGUUAGGUCGAAUCUCAAGACCUUUGAGCCUGUUUUCUUCAAGCAUUCAAGCUCCUCCAGCUCCUCUGACUCAAACGGAUUCUCAUCUUCCGAGUCCGAAUCGCGCUCUCCGCCGGAGAUUCCUCAUCCCAAGCCGAUUAGAACCACCGUGGAUCACCGAGUUAACAAUAAACAAGAGCAUGGUAGCUUUCUGAGGACGAAGUCCAAGGCGUUGAAGAUGUACAGCGAUUUGAAGAAAGUUAAACAACCGAUUUCUCCAGGCGGACGUCUGGCCACUUUCCUCAACUCUAUUUUUCUAAAAAACACAAAGAAACCGAAUAAAACUAACACUCCGGCCACGUCAUCAUCAACCACCACUUGCUCAUCCGCGUCUUCCUUCUCCAGAUCCUGUUUGAGUAAAACGCCGUCGUCUAGUGAAAAAUCGAAACGUUCUGUGCGGUUCUGUCCCGUUAACGUCGUCCUCGACGAAAAGAACGACAAAUUGUACGGAAACAGCGAGCGUGAGAUGCGGGUCAUGGAGGAGAAUCGUCGCGUGAUUGAAGCAGCCAAGGAACUUAUCAGAACUUACCAGAAGAAUAAAGAGAUUGAUGUUAACAUCAUCGACGAAGAAGAGGAAGACGAUGAUGAUGCUGCGAGUUGCGCGAGCUCUGAUCUGUUCGAGUUGGAUAAUCUAUCGAUGAUAGGGAUCGAUAGGUAUCGAGAAGAGCUUCCUGUCUACGAAACAACUCGUUUUAACACGAACCGUUCAAUCUCUAGAUGAAGGGUUUAUUAUUGUCAAAUUUCAAAUUAAUUAACUGCUUUUAGUUCUGAAUAUAUUAAUUACUUACUGGUUUCGGGUGAAUUAAUACAGCUUCCUUUUUGAGGUUAUAUAUAUAUAUGCAGUGUUUCUAC